AUGAUUGAAAUAUUACAUAACCUAUCUCAAGGUUGGACAUUAACAUUAUUAUCAUCAUGUCUAUGUAUAUUAGGUACAUUAAUCAUAUUAAUUGAUGAUAUUUAUUAUACUUGUUUACCAAAAUUCAUUACAUCAAAAUUUAAAAUUCAAAUUAAACAAAAUUAUCGAUUUUUAAAUGGGUCAUUAGCUUUUAGUUCUGGUUGUUUAAUUUUCACUUCUUUAUAUCGUUUAUUACCCAGUGCUCAUGAAUAUUUAGCCAAUAGCAAUAACAAUAACAACAACAACAACAACAACAACAACCAUAGUGGGCACACACAUAAUUUAGAUGAAAAUGGUGAGGGGGCAGAUGAUAAUCAUCAAUGGAAUCAAUUUAUAUUGAUAUUAUCUUAUAUCAUGGGGAUAUUAAUUUGUUUAAGUUUCAAUUAUAUAUUACAUUUAUUGACUAGUGAAAGUGUUGUUCAUUGCAAUCAUGGAGGUGAUGUAACUACUGAUUUACAUGACAUUAAUGGUGAUCUAGAAAAUCAAAUAGGUGUUCAUCAUCAUCAUCAACAUCAUCACCAUGGUGAUACAUUGUUUAAUGACAACUAUAAUGGAUCAGACGGAAGAGGAGACCAUAAUAAGAAUUCAAAUAGUGUGACGGAAACUACUCCAUUGAUUGAUAAUACCAAAAAUGGAGUUGCUAGUGUUCCUGUUGCUACUGCACGUAAACGGAAAUCAAUAAUUCAAUUAAUUUUAAAACAUGAUGAUAUUGAAGAUGGAUCAGGUGGUGAAUGUAAAGGUUAUUCAUCAGCUGAAUUAUGUACUUUCCAUAACAACAAUAACAACAAGAUACUGACUAAAUUAAAUGGUGAUGGAAAUGAAUGUGAUAGUAAUAUUAGUGAAGAACUAGAUGGUGGACAUCCGGGUGUUGAAGAAGAGGGUGAAGGAGUUGUUGUUCAACAAACUCAACAAUUGCAUUAUUGUGAGAUUCCAACUUUAUCUCAAGAAUUAAUUGAAAAUAAUAAUAAUAAUAAUAAUAAUAAUAAUGUCAAUGCUUAUUCAUAUCCACCAGAGAAUGAUAUAGAUCAUUUUUCAAACACUAUCAACAACUUUGAUGGUAACGAUGCUAACAACAACAACAACAACAAUAUUGAUAUGGGUCCAUUAUAUUCAAUUCAUUCAAAAUCAUCACAUAGUCUUCAUUCUCAUGCUCAUUCUCAUGCUCAUUCUCAUGCCCGUUCACAUCGUUCACAUAAAAUUGAUCAUCAUCAUCAUGUAAAUUCUCCAUUAUCUCGAUUAUUAACCAUUGGUAUUCAAACAACAUUAGCUAUAACAUUACAUAAAUUACCUGAAGGUUUCAUCACUUAUAUUACAUCAGAAACAAAUCCUCAAUUAGGUAUAUCCAUUUUUAUAAGUUUAUUGAUUCAUAAUUUCACUGAAGGAUUUUCAAUGUGUUUACCAUUAUAUUAUUCAAUGAAUAAUUCAACUAAAUAUCCUAAAUUAAAAGCUAUAAUUAUAAGUUCUACUUUAGGGGGAUUAUCUCAACCUUUAGGUGCAAUUUUAGGUUAUUUCUUUUUAUUAUUCAAUAGUCACAAUAAAAAUAGUGACAAUGAUUAUGAUGUUGAUAAAUUGAAUCGAAUAUUUGGUAUUACUAUGGCUAUUACUAGUGGAUUUUUAACGGUUAUUUCAUUAUCUAUGUAUGGUAGUAGUGUUUCAUUUGGUGGAAAUAUUAAUUUUGUCAUGACUUGGUGUAUAAUUGGUAUUAGUGUUAUUGGUAUAACUUCAGUAUUAACAUAA